UCCGUGUUCCUUGUCUGAUGUGUAUUCCACAAUACGGUGGACUCCAUCGGGUUGCACCAAGGAGUAGGAUCCGUGGACGGCGUCUCCGGCGCGGCUUUCCUUCUGCUGCUUGAUAUCUCCGGUGUGGUCAUCGUGGACGGAGUAUUCGAACUCGUAGUGGGCUGGUGCCUCGGGUUCGGCGUACACCACCUUGGCGAGGGGAGCCAGGGGGAUGGCGGAGGCGGCGACGGCCAGGGAAAGGAUGACGACGAACUGGAAAAACAAGAUAAACCUUGUUAGUAGUAUAGAAGUAAUGGAUUUUCGGUGAAUUUACUAUUUAGAACAUAAUUCGUAUCUUUGUUUUCUGAACAUUUUUUCUUUAUUCCAUAAGCCAUGAUGCAAUUGAAAUAAGAAAUUAUAAUAGCACCAAAUGCUGACGUUAUCCUGAACUAAUUCAAUAAAUAGCCAAUGUCAGAAUAUAAAUAAAUACUACUCGUAUGUACUAUUAAUUAUUUUAUAAAAAGGAAAUGUACUGAAAUGUAAUUGUUCGAUAAUUUUAAUUGAAGAAAACAUAUAAUAAAAUAUCCUCAGAUAAAAUAAUAAUUAAUCUUUUCUAAAUGCACUUACUUUAGCGGCCAUUGUUGUUGUUUUGCUCGUUGAAGCUCGACUAUAUCACUGCAAUGCACCAGUUCACUUUUUAUACAUGAUAUUUCGCCUACAGGCCUUUGGGCACAGUUGACCGUACACUAAUUAAGGCUCACAAUUGAUUGAGAGGUGAAGGUCAGUGAGCUAAGGUCGAUAUGUUGAUGGAUAUGCAGGAGAUUAGCACCUGGUUGAUAUGGCAAUGGACAGACGACGUUAUCAUUGGAAUAUUCAAUAGAUUGCGAAAUAAAGAAAGCCCUAAGGGCACACUCGAUGUGUAUGAGUCGUUGAAGGCGGCAAGUGCGCCACUGCGUCUGCGCAACAGCCUCCGACAUAUAAAAGCUCUGCGACACACAGUAGCGACACAUUACACCUUCACAAGACAACAUGGUAGCCAAAAUCGCAACUUUCUUCUGCCUGGUGGCGGCUGCAGCAGCAGUGGCUGUUCCAGCAGUUCCCGUCGCCAAAGUGGUGUACGCCGAACAAGAGGCCCCAGCCCACUACGAGUACGAAUACUCAGUGCAGGACCAACACAGUGGCGACGUUAAAUCCCAGAAGGAAAACCGCAACGGCGACGCUGUGCAAGGAUACUACACUCUUGUCCAACCGGACGGCGUCCAGCGUAUUGUAGAAUACACUUCAGACAAAGAACAUGGAUUCAACGCCGUAGUCCGCUACGAAGGCCAACCUCAUCCAGCUCCCGUAGCCAAGGUUGCCUACGCGCCCGCUCCCGUAGCUAAAGUAGCCUACGCGCCCGCUCCUGUUGCCUACGCGGCUGCCCCCGCGCCUGUGCACUACGCAGCUCCCGUAGCCAAAGUAGCCUACGCCGCCCCUGCCCCUGUGCACUACGCCGCUCCGGUAGCUAAAGUCGCCUACGCCCCGGCCCCCGUCUCCUACGCCGCUCCCGUAGCUAAAGUGGCCUACGCCGCUCCCGUAGCCAAGGUAGCCUACGCCCCUGCCCCGGUCCACUACGCCGCUCCUGCCCCAGUCUACGCGCAGGCCCCCGUAGCCAAAGUAGCCUACGCAGCUCCUGCCUACACACAAAACUUGGGCAGUGUUUCCUUCUCCUCUCCAGCCGUCUCUUACCACCACUAG